GCAAAAAAAAAAGUCUACUUCUCUUGCCUUCUCUUUCUCUCCUUCUCUUCACUCUACCCCUUUAGCUUAUGCUUUCAUCAAAUUUACAACUCUCUCACUUCCAAACACCAAAAUAAAGCCAACAAAAUUUUCGUAAAAAAGUAAAAAACUUCACCUUUUUCUGCAAAAACAAGCGGUGCUUAGCCAAAAAUGCCAGCACAGAAACGCUUGCUAUCGAAUUACCAAGAUGAUGAUGAUAACAACAACAACGGAGAGGAUGAUAACUCCCCGGAGCAGGAGCAGGAGCAGGAGCAGCAGCAACACCACCGUCGCCGGAAACAAUCACGGCGAGCUGUGGAAGAACAAGAACAAGAAGUUGAAGAGGAGGAAGAAGAGGAAGAAGAAGAUGAAGAGGAUGUUGAUGGUGAUGAUGAUGAUCAAGAAGUGGAGAAUAAUCAAUCUUCUGAUAAUGAUUCUGAAGGAAGUGGCACUGACCCAGAAGCCUUUGAUGAGUUGAUCGCUGUAUCACGAUCUGAGAUUCGUACCAAUGAUUUCGAUGAGAGAAGUUUUUUCGCGCAAUUAUUUCAAGCUCGUAAAGAGCUAGAAUGUCCUGUAUGUCUAGGUAUUAUCAAGAGAACUCGGGUUGUGAUGGGAUGUCAACACCGUUUUUGCAGGGAAUGCAUAGAUAAAUCAAUGAGACUUGGGAAUAAUGAAUGCCCUGCUUGUCGCAUACAUUGUGCUAGUCGACGGUCAUUGCGAGAUGAUCCUGGAUUUGAUUCCUUAAUUGAGGCAAUAUAUCCAGAUGUUGAGGAGUAUGAAGAGGAGGAAUUUGUCUUACUUGAAGAGGAAAGGGCACGCAAUGAGCAGUUUCAAGCAUCCAUUGCCAAAAUAUCUCAACGCCAAUCUGAAGCAUUAAUUAAGAGGCGCAGAGGUGGUAAAGACGUAGCUACUCCCUCUACACAAAGAACAUCUCGCAACUUUCACAAUGCUUAUUCAAGAAGAAAAAGAAACAUUCAUGGCACAGAACCUGAGCGGUCUGAUCCAAAUGAGAGUGAAAAUGAUGACCAUGAUGAGAACAAAGAUUCACCCCUUAAGGAUGAGCGUGGAACACAAACCAAGUUCAGGAAACGCAGGAGGCGUAAAGGAGCUUCGACCACCCAGAAUUCUCCUUCAGCUGCGAGUCCAGAUGGUGGUCACACUGAAACUGCAGUACAACUACCCAGAGACAACCCAAGUAAUUCUCCUGGACCUACACUGAAGCCUGAUAACUUUACUUGGGGAAGAGGCGGUACGCGAAGCCACAAUCGACAUGGCAGUGGCGGUGGUAGCAGAAAUGCUCGCAAUUCUCGAAUAUCCAAGUUAGUUGAUUAUCUUGAAAGUGCAAAAGCAAAUGACGUUGAGUUAAAUAUCCAUCUUGAGCUUGUUCCAUUUGACAAACAAACGACACCAAGUCUGAAAAAGCCCCAUUUCUGCUGCACGCCAAGCACAUCAGUUGGGCACCUCUGUGAACUUGUUGCUCAGGAGACAAAAUCACAAGCCAAGGAUGUUGAAUUAAUGGUAGCAAAGGUCAAUAGUGCUGCUAUUGUUGCGUCCACCAUUAACCAUUCAAUCUCAAUGGAUGCAUCAAACGUGGUACCUCGAGCUAUCAAUGGUUCCAAUGUUACUCUGGAACGCUUGGAAAGGCAAGACACUGUGGGAGGAAUCAGUUCCAGUUGCGCUUUAGACAAGAAUCUGGUCCUUGUGUAUGUGCAAAAGAAUUCUGCGGUAUGAUGAUCAUUCAGCUGACAUGUGACUUCCUCAAGGUCGGCAUUGUAGAAGAUGAGUGCAAGGGAGAAAAGAGUGCGGGAAUGUAUGGAAGCCAACAUAUAGGAGCUUUUUUUAGUUUUCCCUAAAUAUAGCAAUAUAGUACCUUCUUUCUUGUUUCCUUUUACCCAAAGUUUUGGUUUGUUUACAAAUAUGUUCAUCUCAUCAAUUCACAGAAACGUAAAUGUUUGUUCUUUUUCCAACCCUUGUUUUUCCUCUCCGUGGCGGAGUCAUAUUAUAAGGGUGUUUAGUGUAAUUAACUCUUUAUUUUUAAUAAUAUGAACAUUGCUACUGA